AUGGCCCACAAAUUCCCAGCCCUCACCGCGGACCAGAAGAAGGAGCUCUCAGAAAUUGCCCAGCGCAUCGUUGCCAAUGGGAAGGGGAUCCUGGCUGCCGAUGAGUCUGUAGGUACCAUGGGAAACCGCUUGCAGAGGAUCAACGUGGAGAACACGGAAGAGAACCGACGGCAGUUCAGGGAAAUCCUCUUCACCGUGGAUAACUCUGUCAGCCAGAGCAUCGGGGGCGUGAUCCUGUUCCAUGAAACCCUCUACCAGAAGGACAGCCAGGGAAAGCUGUUCAGAGACAUCCUGAAGGAAAAGGGCAUCGUGGUGGGGAUCAAGUUGGACCAAGGAACUGCUCCACUUGCAGGAACCAACAAAGAAACCACCAUUCAAGGGCUCGAUGGCCUUUCUCAGCGCUGUGCUCAGUACAAGAAAGACGGUGUUGACUUUGGGAAGUGGCGUGCUGUGCUGAGGAUUGACAACCAGUGUCCAUCCGCCCUUGCUAUCCAGGAAAAUGCCAACGCCCUGGCUCGCUAUGCCAGCAUCUGUCAGCAGAACGGGCUGGUACCUAUUGUUGAACCAGAGGUAAUUCCUGAUGGAGACCAUGACAUGGAACACUGCCUAUACGUUACUGAGAAGGUCUUGGCUGCUGUGUACAAGGCCCUGAAUGACCAUCAUGUGUACCUGGAGGGCACGCUGCUGAAGCCCAACAUGGUGACCGCUGGGCAUGCCUGCACCAAGAAGUAUACUCCAGAGCAAGUGGCCAUGGCCACUGUCACCGCUCUCCACCGUACCGUUCCUGCUGCUGUGCCUGGCAUCUGCUUUUUGUCUGGGGGUAUGAGUGAAGAGGAUGCUACCCUCAACCUUAAUGCUAUCAACCUUUGCCCUCUACCUAAGCCCUGGAAACUAAGUUUCUCUUAUGGACGGGCCCUGCAGGCCAGUGCACUGGCUGCUUGGGGUGGCAAGGCUGCAAACAAGAAGGCAACACAGGAGGCUUUCAUGAAGCGGGCUGUGGCUAACUGCCAGGCGGCCAAAGGCAAGUAUACUUCCACGGGUUCUUCUGGUGCUGCAUCCACCCAGUCGCUCUUCACAGCCAACUAUACCUACUAG